AAGUCUCCGGACAUCCCGGUCUCGACUUCUCUCCGCUGACCUGCCGUUACGGCCAGCCUCAUCCCCCACUCCAACCCUUCCAACGAAAUCCCAACCCCACCUCUCCCUCCAUUCCCGCUUUCUCGCUCUUCGACGAUGUGGCGAUCCUCCUCGUCUCGCUUCCUCUUCCGAACCCUCCUAGGCGGGGGGGUGAAGCCCACCGGCUGUCGGUGGGCGGAGCACCCGAUCCGCCGUCCCUGGCUCCACGUCUUCUCCUCCUCCUCCUCCUCCUACUCGUCCGUCUACCCACCCGCCUCGCCGUCCCCGCCUUCCCCGCCCGCCGCCGCCGCCGGGCCUGCGGACCGCCGCAGAUUCGGCAGAGGUGCCUCCCUGGACGCUAUAACCUUCGCGGAGGCGAAGCGGCUGAUGCGGCUGGUGAACGUCGAGGCACUCAAGCGGAAGCUGGAGAGGGAUGGGGAUGAGGUGAUCGGGUACUCGGAGCUCCUCGAGGUGUGCGAGGAGAUGGGGGUGGCGCGGACGCGGGAGGAGGCGGUGACCUUCUCCCGGGUCCUCGACGAGGCUGGCGUCCUCCUCCUCUUUAGGGACAAGGUCUAUCUCCACCCGGAUAAGGUUGUUGAUCUCGUUAGCAGAGCUGUUCCCCUUGCGCUGGCACCUCAGGAUGAUCCAAGGAUAGAAGAGCUAAAGCAACUGCAGAGAAGAAAGGAAGAAAUUGAUAUGCUUGCUCACAAGCAGGUCCGUCGCGUUCUGUGGUCAGGAUUAGGGUUCUUCAUUGUUCAAGUUGGUCUUUUCUUUCGUCUAACAUUCUGGGAGUUCUCAUGGGAUGUCAUGGAGCCGAUAGCAUUUUUCACCACUACAACCGGCAUAAUCAUUGGAUAUGCCUACUUCCUUUUUACAUCAAGGGAUCCAACAUAUCAAGAUCUGAUGAAGAGGCUCUUCUUAUCCAGACAAAGAAAAUUGUCGCAGAGGCAGAAUUUUGACAUGGGGAGAUAUGUCGAAUUGCAGAAACAUUGCAAAUGUCCUUUGGAUAAAAUCGUAGGGGUCGAGCAUAUUAAUGAGUCUGAUGUCUCUCAUCUUCAAUAUUUCUCAGCCUACAAGUGAUAAAUUCGUCGUGUUAACGCCCAGGCCUAUUAUCUGUUUCUGGGCAAUGACAAAAAAUUGCUGCUGGGACAAGCAAAUUGCUGUUUAUUCUAGAGAUGCUAACAGAGCCUUUUUUUGGCAACUUUCUAAUAUCAAAUUCCUGUGUGCUGCCCCUUCUCCACUGCUAUGUGAUUACAGAAGGCAGCGUAUCAGUUUUGUAGCCAACAGAAAGAUUUUAUAUACAGAACUGUUGUAACCUGCCUGCAAUCAAUGCAGUCCUAAAUUUCUCAUACUGAACUA